GAGGGUUCGCUCACUUGGUGCUAUGUCUACGUACUCUCGUACUCAGGAGAGCGACGCGUGGGCCCUUCUGGCACUGAAGUCGGCACCGGCUAGUCCGACGAAGAUGCAGUGGAACCCGGAGGCGAAAGGUGCACCGAUUGCACGGCUCGAGGGUCGCGAAUUCGAGUAUAUGGUUAGACAACGACGUAUCACUAUCGGGCGUAACAGCAGCAAGGGUGAGGUCGACGUCAACAUGGGCCACUCCAGCUUUAUCUCGCGACGACACCUUGAAAUCUUCUACGAUCAUCCCUUUUUCUUUAUGAUCUGUAAUGGUAAAAAUGGUGUUUUCGUCGAUGGAGUUUUCCAGCGAAAAGGCGCGCCUGCCUUCCAAUUACCAAAGACGUGCACAUUCAGAUUCCCAAGUACAAAUAUAAGACUGGUAUUUCAGUCGUUGGUGGACGAACAGGAGCAAAGCAGCGUACGUGUACCUUCUCCCCCGAAACAGAGGGCACCGUUACCACCUCUGCGUAUCAAUAUUCCGGAUGCAGGAUACAGUAGCCCGUUUCCUUCUCCGACCGGUACUAUCAGUGCUGCAAAUUCUUGUCCCGCCAGUCCACGUGCGGGUCAGGGAAGAAGAAAUAUAUCUGCGGAUCUUCAGAUGGUAGCCGUUUAUGCAGCUGCUGUUGCAAACGAUCCACAGAAUUCUGGGUUGGAAAGGCACGACGGGGGACAAUGUUCCAGCAGGCAAAUAAGUCCUGAGCCGAGCAUAGAGUCUCGUUACAGAAGUGGAAGCAGUACCGGGCCAAAUGGUACUACAGCCCAUUGCAGUCCCCCGAAAGAUGACUCGAAACCACCAUAUUCGUACGCGCAGCUAAUUGUCCAAGCGAUAGCGUCCGCGACUGACAAACAGCUUACCUUGUCCGGCAUCUAUUCGUAUAUCACUAAGAAUUAUCCGUACUACAGAACCGCCGAUAAAGGUUGGCAAAAUUCUAUAAGGCAUAAUCUUUCAUUGAACCGUUAUUUCAUCAAAGUGCCGAGAAGCCAAGAAGAACCGGGAAAAGGCUCUUUCUGGAGAAUAGAUCCUCAGUCCGAAGGUAAGCUGAUCGAGCAAGCUUUCAGGCGAAGAAGGCAACGCGGUGUUCCUUGUUUUCGGGCCCCAUUCGGUCUCUCAUCCAGAAGCGCUCCUGCUUCACCGUCUCACGUAGGAAUCAGUGGAUUAAUAACCCCGGAAUGCCUGAGCAGAGAAGCCUCGCCUGGGCCGGAAUCUUAUCCGGAUAGUUCCGUACCCUCUCCAGCCGGCCAGUUGAGUAGUCAGUCCGCACCGGGAUCGCCAGGUCAUCCGUACACCUCUUCGAACCAGUCGUCUCACAAAGGUCGAUUGAUACAGCAAAUCACCGUCGUGACGAACGGUGUGACUGGUGAUGCGACCAGAGAAGACAAAUACAUCGUGUCCGGAAACACCACGGAGGAACACUCGCUCUCCCCGGCUGGGCAAUACAGUCCAGCUCCUGUUAUCGUACAAACCACAUAUAACUAUAGUGGAAGCUUUAUCGGUCCCGACGCAGGCGUCGGAGUCGCGAAACGCUCGCACGAGGAAUCGGAUAGUUCUCCAGGUUCACCGGCACCGCUCGCUAUCGUGGAAAGUCCCGAACCGCUCGAGCAUCAGCAACCUCAGUCGAAACGUCAACGCGUUCACGAAAUGGACGACCACUGAAUCGUUGUUGUCCUAGGUUUCUGUUACGUAGGACACUUGUUACAUCGCGCUAUUCGCUCAUCGUUGAAUAUAUCUGCACGCGCGUGUACCUCAUAUCUGCUCAUAUGUGCGUCCGCGAGCGCGCGUACGCCUUUAUACCCAAACUUUCGGAUCCAUACGCAUGUCCAUCCCCCACGCUCGUGUUCAGACCUAGCCCAGACCCAUACACCUACGUACACAGCUGUGUACGGCCACGGUGCCCGCAUCCAUAUCCAUAUCCAUAUCCAUAUCCAUAUCCAUAUCCAUAUCCAUAUCCAUGUCCAUGUCCAUGUCCAUAUCCAUGUCCAUGUCCAUAUCCAUCCCCGUACACGUCCGAGUCUACGUACGCCAACAUCCUCAUCUUCGCAUGCACGAGUACGAACGCGUACAUGCGUACACUAAAUGUUGUACUUUCAUUCAUUUUAUACAUACUGAUUACUUUAGUCUGCGUAUAAUAAAUACUCGAUUUAUCGUUCAACGCAACAAGUGGAACGUCCGUAAGAAAGACGAGAAGACAAGAUCGCGUUCCCUCUUCGUGUUCUAACUUGUUUUGCCGUUCAGUUUUACGCAACUUUUAUAGUAUCGCGUCGCCGUCACGAAGAAUGACUGGAAACGCGUGGUGUGUGUGUGCUUGGCAUGUGCCUGUUAAAUGUCUCGACAUUUCGACGGUACCCGCUCGAACGUGAUUCCACGUCGCGAAUGCUGUUCGCGAUGCGAAUGCAUACACGCACGCACACGCACGGACGUGCGCUUGUAACAGAGAGUAGCGCUUGUUCCGGAAAGAAUCGACUUUGAGGAAAUCCGAAAGAAAUGCGUGUAUGGGCGUACUCGAUUUCGAAAACCGUACAGCUUUGCGUUACUCGCGUCAUCGGUUCACCGUAGCGUAUACAUUUAUUUAACUGGCGAGCUAUUAAGAGUAAUGGCGAAUCGAGGGUAAGCAAACAUUUACUUAAAGACAGUCUAGAUUUGUAAUUCGUUAAGCACGCGAAGGCUUGGUUCAUCGAAUCAAUUCUGGGAAUUUCUGCAUCCUCUCGUGCCGCCUUUCGACGUCGAUUUCUCUCGAAAGAAAGAAAUCACUUUCUUCUCGAGGAAUCGUCGCAGAUCUUCUCAGAUUGUAUCGCGAUUACUCCAAGGGACACCGAGGAUAUAUGUAUACGUAUAUAUGUGCAUCCGUGUAUGUAUACAUGUAUGUAUAUUAGCGCUGGCACUAAACGACGCUCUCACGCGUCUCGUUGAAUGCUUCCUUCACGCGUGUCGAGCUGCGUCCACGUACGAGGAAACGGCGAGAGCUUUCGCUAAAUCAUAAUAGGCGGCCGAAUAAUUCUUCUAAGACCGAUCGCUAUGAAACACGUAAUAUCUCGGUUCAAGUCAUAUCGUAAUGUAUUUAGAAAUUUGCCGAAUCUCAAAAUGAUGGAACAGUGCAUGAAAACAGCUCGCGUCGUUGCCCUCAUCGCUGCGAACAGACGAAGGGAAGGAAAAGAGAAAGAAAGAAAGAAAGAAAGAAAGAAAGAAAGAAAGAAAGAAAGAAGGAAAAAGGAAAGAAUGCGAGAAGGAAAAAUAGAAUCAUUGCUAAACGAAUAUCCCUGAGCAAUUGAUCGCAAGCUGCAAAAUUUGUGCCGUACACACAAGCUUCGUAGGACCGAAAUAGAUCGUUUUUAUUUAAUGAAUCGGUUCGGCCGGGUACACAGUUGUCAUUGAAUUUUUCGUUAAAUCUUUUUGUCGAGCGUACAACCAUUACUCUAAGAAAAAAGUAGUCGAAAGAGGAAGAGAGGAGUAGGAGAUAGGCAGGAGGAGGCUGGCGAGGGAUGGUAUGGUAUUGUAUGGUAUGAUAUGGGAUGGGAUGGGAUGGGAUGGGAUGGGAUGGCAGGAGGAGGCCUUUUUAUUCUUUCGAUUCAAUUGUUUCCGUGAAAACGACCGAAUUGAUUUGUUGCUAUUUCCCGAAAUGCUCGCGAGCCAUAGACACGAACUGUAGAUUGUAGUUCUACGUACGAUUGUGAAAAUUUCUAUGUAAAAGAAAACAAGCAAUACUUUUUUGCUGAAUACGUCGUUCGAAAUUUCUUUCCGACGUGCCUGUUUAUCCGAUAAAGUUAUUAACGUACUAUAAUCAUACAGGAAGAGGUGAUAGUAUUUUUGUUGCCACUUGUAAAUAAACUCUGAAACGAA